GCUUGACGCCACAGCUGCUUGUCGCGCUCCUCCUCCGGGCUCGCCUGGCGCAGCGGCCAGAUAUUGAGGAGGACAUCAAGGCCCUUGUCCGAGACCUCAAGGACAAGCAGGACAGGCUGUGGACCGCGCGGGCGCGGCUCUCAGCCUUUCGCUGCGAGAAGGAAGCGGCUGACUGCAAGCGAGCUCCACUCCUGCCCAGCCCUUCGGCCGGCGCCGACUGGCAGAGCCUGCGCGUGGCCCGGAAGCACAUCCACCUGGAAGUCGCCCGCGACAACGCGGCUCGGCUGCGAGGCCGAGAGCCCCUGCAGCCGCUGCUGCGGACAAAGCGCGUCGGGCCUGAGCCGAUCGCUCUGGGCGCUCGGGGCGCGCUGAAGUCAGGUUUCGGCCGUUACCGCAAAUCGCGCAAGCAGCACUUGCUGAAGGGCGGCCUGACGUUGCCGCGGCCUCAGCGCGCGCCAAGUGCUCGUCGCAGUUGGCUCCGCGCAAGGCCUGGGACCUCUGGAUGUGUGACUGCGGCGGCGGAGGGGGACCUGCCCAGCAUCCUCGCCCCGCACCAGGUGUGGCGCUACCCGUGCUACAGCGUCCGCGACGUCCAAAUCUUCGAAGCCGUCCGCCCUCCGCCGGGCGCAGCAGUUCCCAGGAACUGCAUCGUGUACUCGGCGGAGGGGUUUGGCAACACUGACAUGGCAGGAGGGGACUUGGACGGCGACGGCGUGCUCUUCUCCUUCUACUGGCCGCUCGUGCGCCUGGUCACGGAGACCGCGGACGACGUCGCCAGCUGCACGCCGAUGUUGGAGGCCCUGGAGAAGGACGCAAAUCGAUCGCUCCGUUUCGAGCGCCCUCGCUUUUCCCGCCCCCGCAGGACUUGCUCGGGCGCGCUCCCAGGGAGUCCACGCCCUUCCCGCAGGGCGCCACUUUCGAAGAGCGCCGCUGCUCGGCCGCGCAACUCUUGCGAGUUUCUGCGCAGCUUGAGUCACUUAGCACUGACUGCAGAGCAAUAUAUGUCUGCGCCAAAUGUGUAA